UGUCAGAGUCACUUUCACUGUUAUUACAGCAAUAUGCCUUCAUCAGCAGACCACAAUUUACAGAAUUAAUUAAAUCCAGUAAUAACAAAGAAGAUCACAAUUCACACACCAUCAUCUAUUUAAAAAAAAAAACAUGUAGCAAGCAGCAAUGGCAGAAUCCAGAGACUACGUUGGAGAUUUCCUGACAGAAUUCAAGGAGCAGAUAAUUACAAGAGCGACUCGGGUCAGUGACAUUGCGGAGGCUGUUAUCUCCCAAAGUCUGAUCCAUGAAGUGGCAGCUCAAAAAGUGGAGGCUGCUCCAACCCAGCAGGAGGCAAUGCGGCUCCUGUUUGAGGCUUUGGAAAGAGAGCCAGCCCGAAACAGAGUGUCCUUCCAUCUUAUCCUGAGAAUGACAGAGCCUGAAUUGAUUCAUGAACUAGAGUGGAUACAACGCAACAGCAAGCACACGCAAACAGAGAUAUGCAGUCCACUCAGUUCUCCCAGAGAAAAAAGAAAACAGGAUGGGCAUACAAGAGACAUUCAGAAGAGAAAAGACUCACUAAAAAGGCGUAAACUGGAGACGAUGCGUGCCAUUGAGCAGAUCGAGAAACUUUGGGAAGGAACCAAGCAAGAAAGGACUGAGAUAGAGAACACGAGACAGAGGAUUCAGCGACAGCAAGAUGAAAUAACUAGGAUAACCACAGAGAAAAGUCAACUUGAGAGAACUAUUACUCACAUGAAAGCUGAGAUGGACCACAUCCGUGAAAGAAUGGAUCGGAAUAAAGAAGAGGUAAACCGAGAGAGGGAGAGGAUUGAGCAAAUGAGAGCUGAUCUGCAAACCGAGCAAACCACCCUGGAGCAAAAGCAUGAUGAUAUCAUGAGAGAGAGACAGAAUUUGGAGAUGAUCAGAUUUGAGGCUCUGAGACAGGAGGAGGAGCUGGAGAGCAACCGAGAAAGCACCAAGUAUGAGUUGGAACGAAUGGAACAAAUGAAAAGUGCCAUACAAGUUCAGAUUAAUGAGAUAGAAAUGAAGAUUGACGAAACACAGAAAGCAAAGGGUCAGAUGGAUCAGAUGAAAUCUGAAAUAGAGGAGGAAAAAAACGAGUUGGAGAGAAAAAAGGAUGACAUCAAGAAGCAAAAAGACCAAUUUGAGCAGAUUAAACUUGACAUACAGCAAGUGAAGUUGGAAAUGGAGCAAAGGUGGCAUGAAACAGAAAAAGAAGGGCUGGAACAGAGAGCUAUAAUCCAAAAAGAGAAAGAUGAGCUGAAAUACCUGCAAGGCGAGGUUCAAAGAGCAAGAGAAGAGGCUGAAAGAAACAGAGAGUUUUCAAAACAAGAGGAUGAGAGAAUAAACCAGCUGAGAGCUCAAACACUUAUAGAAAACAACCUCAUUGAAAAGAAAUGGCAAAACGUCUUAAGAAAAGAAAAAGAUCUGGAAGAGAUGAAACAUGAAAUUGAGAGAGGCAGAGAGGAGUUGGUAAUGAAUGGAGAGCUGGUCAAAAAGGAGUGGGAAAAGAUCGAACAGGCCAAAGCAGACAUACAAAGUCACAUGAUUUCUAUGGAGGGCAGAGUUGAGGAAGUAAAAAGAGAAACUGAGAGGCUGAAACAUAUGAAAACAGAGAUUCAGAGGGACAAAGAUAUUGUAGAAAAACAGAGGGAUGAUACACGGAAAGCUAAAGAAGAAAUGGAGAAGAAGAGGUAUGAGAUAGUGACAGAGGAGAUAGAGCACAGAGCUCGACUGCAGAGGGAGAGAGAUGAGCUGGUGAGUGUAAGAGUAGAGAUACAAAGAGCUAAUGAUAUGGAGAAAGCAAAGAUACUGAAAGAGAAGGAAGAAAGUGUUAAGAUAAGAGAAGAGGCUAGACAAGAAAGAGAAAUGACAGAACUGAUCAAAGCAGAGAUCAAGGCCGAAAAAGACAGCUUGAACCGAAGACAAGAGGAAAUGCUGAGGGAGAGACAAGAUCUAGAGAGAAUUAAACAUGAAAUGGUCAGAGCCAAAGAAGAGAUUGAGAACAGUCAAGAGGUCACAAUCCGGGAAAAUGAGAAAAUGGAAAAAAUGAAAGCUGAAAUUCAAGGGCAAAUUGAAGAUAUUGAGAGGAAGGUUGAGGAGAUCCAAAAAACUAAAGAAAAAAUGGAGAAAACAAAGGCUGAGUUGGAGGAAGAGCAGGAGGAGCUGGAAAGAAAGAGAGAUUUGGUGAGAAGAGAGACCGAACAGUGCGAGUUCCUCAGAAGUGAAAUCCUCAGGGUAAAGGAAGAAAUGGAGAGCAGGUGGCAUGAAACUGAGACAGAGGAAGUCGAACUCAGAGCAAAAACUCAGGAUGAGCUGGAAAGACUGGAAAAACUAAGGGACGAGGUCCAGAGAUCCCAGAAAAACAUUGAGGACAGCAGGAUGGAGCUCAUGCAGUGGAAGUACAGUCUUGACAAAAUUAAGGUUCAGGCAGAAGAAGACAAACAUGCCGCUAUCAAACAGAUGGAUGAGGCAAAAGCAAAGGGAGAAGAGUUGAAAAAAACAAUAGAACAGAUGGAGAAAGAGCGAGAAGAGAUUAAUAACAGCAGAGAAAAGGCUAAACAAGAAGCAGAUGAAAUCAAAAGCAUGAUAAAUGAGCUACAAAGACAACAGGCAGAAAUAGAGAACAGGAUUAGAGCCGCAAAAAAAGAAAAAGAGGAUGCAAACCAUGCCAAACUUGCAGUCCAAGAGGCUGAGAUGCUCCUAAAAAAGCAAAUGGAAGAGUCAGAAAAGAGACGGUAUGAAACCAUAACAGAGGCGCUGGAGCAAAGAGAUGAAAUACAUAAGAAAACAGAGGAGUUAGAACAAAUAAAUGAGGAGAUACAAAUAGCCAGACAUGAGCUAGAAAAGAUGAAGCAUUCUGAAAAAGAAAUUCUACAGAAGAUGUUGGAGGAUACACAGCAAGAGAGAGAGUUCAUUGAGCAAAUGAGAACAGCUGUGCUUAAGGACAAGGAAGAUCAGGAAAAGCGUUUAGUUAACGAGAGAGAGGAGCUUGAACAGAUUCAAUUUCAGGUCCAGAACGAGAAGAAAGAUCUAGAAAAACUAAGGUAUGAGAUGAUGAGAUAUAAUGUAGAAGUGCAGAGACAAAAAGAAGACCUUGAAAAGAUCAAAACUCAGCUAGUUAUUGACACAGAGACCAUGAACAGAAGCAGAGAGUUAGCGAGACAAGAUAGAGAGAAAGCUGAAAAUGUUAUGCUUGAGGUCCAAGAACAAAGAGAGGAUGUGAAUAAAAGGUUAGAGGAGACAAAAAGACGAGAGGAUGCUAUGAGGCAGAUGAGGGAGGAUAUGGAACACGAGAGAGAGGAUCUGGAGAAGAUUCGCAUGGAAACACAGAGAGGGGAUGAUACGUAUGGAGAGGUCAAGGAAGAGAUUAACAGAGUGAGAGCGGAGAUGGAAAGGUUGUGGGACGAGGCUGAAAAGGGAGAGCAGGAGGAACGUGAGAAGAUGAACAGGGAGAAGGAGGAGAUAAUGAGGAAGAUGGAAGCUAUGAAGAAGGAGAUUGGUGAGAUUGAAGACAUGAAGGUGGAGUUAACGAAACAUAAGAAGGACAUCGAUGUAAAGAUUGAAAAGGCAAGGUCAGAAAUGACUAAACUUGAAAAGAUGAAAGCAGACCUCCAGAGACAGAAAGAAGAUAUUGAGAAUCAGAUGAUGAAAGCAAAGAGUGAAAGAUACCAGAUGAAACUGAUGAGGACUGAGAUCUUGAAACAAAAAGAGGAUGUUGAAAAGAAAAUGGAGCUAGCAAAAGCAGAGAUGGAUAAAAUGCAGCAUGUCAAAAAUGAAAUAAAAAGACAAAAAGAAGAGCUGGAGGAAAGGAUGCAGAAAACUAAACGAGAGAUUGGAGAAAUGGAGCUGAUGAAGAGAGAAAUGGAAGGGAAGAAGAAAGAACUUGACCAAAGGAUGAAACUGACCAUGAGGAAGAAGGGUGAGAUGGAACAAUUGAAGAUGGAGAUACAAAGGGCUAAAGAUGAGAUGGAAUGGAAAAGAAUGGAAACGGAGAGACAGAAGAACGAAAUGGAGCAAGUUAAAGUUGAAAUCCAAAGAGCGAGGGAGGAGUUUGAACAAAGGGUUGAGGAGAGAGAUUUAGAAGAAGAGAAAGGACAGAUGAAUCUCACAAUAAUCAACCUUAUUCAGCAGAUCGAGGCGACAAGAGAAAUGGUGCGCAGAACGAAGUUCCAGAUUGAAAACCGAAUGGCAGGAUGUCAGAUGGAGACAGCAGACCAAGAGGUGAUGAAUGCUGAGAUGCAGAGGCUCAUUCUGGAGAUCGAACACAUUCGAGAAAUGCUGCAAGGUCUUAAGAGUGAGGUGGAACACAACAAGGACAUUAUGAAAAGAGACAGGGAUGAGAUGAAGCUGUUGAAGAACGAAGUUCAACGAAAGAGAAGAGAGAUGGAACACAGAGAAGAAAAGAUUAUGAGAGAACGAGAUGAACUAGAACUCAUGAAAAAUAUGAUGCAGCAGCAAAAAAAGGAGCUGGAGGAGAGGCUUGAGGAUACCAUUAAAGAGAAUGAUAAGGUGGAGCAGAUGAGAGAAGAUGUGAAAAACACUUUGGAGGAUAUAGAACAGGCAAAGGAAGAGAUAAAGAGACAGAAAGAACUCAUUGCUCAAGAAAAGACAAGCAAAGAAAAGGUUCAACAAGUCAUCAUUGCAGCCGAAAGCCCAGAGUGUUCAAAAACAGAAGAACCAGCUGCCAUCGAAACAUUUAUAACAGAAGACUUUGAACUCAGUGUAGGUGAAAUUCAGAAAGAAAGAAAAAAACUGGAACAUUAUAAAGAAAUCAUUUUAAAAGAGAAACAAGAACUACUGAAGGCAAAGGAGGAUGUGCAAACAGUGAAACAUGAAGCUGAAGAGAGGAUGUCCAGACUGCAAGAGGAGGAGAAAGAGAUGGAAAAGAAAAAAGCGAGUCUACAAAACAGAGAAAGACUGCUGCAAUCAGAGAGAGAAGAGAACCAAAGAGGUUUAGAUUCAAUAUGUAAAGAGAAGCAGCAGCUGAAUCAACGAAAACAAGAACUGGACAAUAUGGAAAUAAAUCUACAAAGAAAGAAAAAUGAAUUGGAAAUAACAAGAAUGAUGGAGAUUCAACAAGUUGAUGUUCAAGUUCAAACUGAUGUGAUGGAUGACACAAGAAAAUAUGAGAAAUAUGAGCUGGAUAAAGAGCGACAAGCUCUAGAGUAUUUCGAAGAAGACUUACUUGCACAAAAAAGUACAAUGGAGAGACAACUGGCAGAAAUAAAUUUGAGCGAAGCCACAAUGCAAACUACGACGGAAACCACAGCAGACAUGGAGUUACAAUUAGAGCUGCAAAAACAGGAGCUGGAACGAACAAAAGAUGAGCUGGAAAAGGCAAAGCUAGAAAUACAGAAAGGAUGGGAUGACCUGCAGGCUGAGCUAGCAGAAAGCAGAGAAAAAGAAGACAUGAUAAGAAAAGAAUUAGAAAAAGCGAGAGAUGUCCUUAAUCACAUUAGACAGGAUAUAGAAAAACAAAAGCAAACCAUGGAGACUGAUCUAAAAGACACUUUUGCUGGGGAACUAGAGGACAUAGAAUCUCAAAGAAAAAUGAUAGAGGAUGAAAAGAGAACAUUACAGAGCAUGAAGUUUGAGCUGCAAAGAGAAUCUGCCGAUAUUGAGAGAGUAAACCAGGACAUGCAGGAAGAAAGACAGAAUAUUACCCUGACCAAGGAGGAGCUGGAAAAAGAGCGACAAGCUCUGGAGUAUUUCAAAGAAGACAUACUUGCACAAAAAAGUACAAUAGAGAGACAACUGGUGGAAAUAAAACUGAGCGAGGAUGAACUUUCGCUCAAAGAAACCUCACUGCAAACUGCAACAAGAACCACAGCAGACAUUGAGUUACAAUUAGAGCUGCAAAAACAGGAGCUGGAACGAACAAAAGAUGAGCUGGAAAAUACAAAGCUAGAAAUACAGAAAGGAUGGGAUGACCUGCAGGCUGAGCUAGCAGAAAGCAGAGAAAAAGAAGACAUGAUAAGAACAGAAUUAGAAAAAGCAAGAGAUGUCCUUAAUCACAUUAGACAGGAUAUAGAAAAACAAAAGCAAACCAUGGAGACUGAUCUAAAAGACACUUUUGCUAGAGAACUAGAGGACAUAGAAGCUCAAAGAAAAUUGAUAGAGGACGAAAAGAGAACAUUACAGAGCAUGAAGUUUGAGCUGGAAAGAGAAUCUGGUGAUAUUGAGAGGGUAAAACAGGACGUGCAAGAAGAACGACAGAAUAUGGAUGAAUUGACAGCGCAGCUUAAAAAAGACAGGGAGGAACUAGAAAAGAAAAUGUGUGACAUGCAACAAAUACAAGCAGAGGUAGCAGGAGAAAAGAAAGCUCUAGAAAACCUGAGAGAGGAGAAUGAGCUGACAUUGAAGGAGAUCAAAGUGGAGAGAGACACUCUUGAGAGGAUGAAUGAACUUGUUUCUCAACAAAAAGAUGAUAUUGAGAAUGAGAAGGGGAAAAUAAAGAAAAGAGAAACCGAACUGCAGCAAAUGCAGGAUGACUUUAACAGACAACAAAAAGACAUGCAGGAUAUCCAGAAUAUAGUUUUCAUGCAAAAAAGUCAACUUCAGAAAAGCCAAGAUGAAAUAGCCGAAAAGCUAAAACAGGUGGAUGAUGUCAUACAGUUCACACAAAAUGAAAAAGACAAUCUUGACAGAGAGAGGGUGGCUAUAAUGGAACAGAAGCAGCAGAUGGAGAGCAACAUGACAAAUGCAUUAAACAGGGAACUUGAAGUGGUAGCACUUGUGAAAGAAGAGGUAGUAAAUGAGAAGCGACUUAUUGAGGACUGCAGAAUUACUUUAAUGAGAGAUACAGAAGAUCUGGAGCAAAAGAAAAUUGAUUUGGAAAGACAGAGAGAGGAAAUGAAAAUGCAAAGACAGGGUAUUGCAGGCGAACAACACAAGUUGGAACAGAUUAAAUCUGUUCUGCAAACAGUAGCUGAAGAUACUGAGAAGCUAAGACAAGAUACAUUAGCUGAAAGACAGACACUUAUAGACACUACAGCACAACUCCAGAAAGAGAGAGAUGCCAUUGUGAGUCUUGCAGAAGAGACAAAAAGAAAGAGAGAGGACCUGGACCAAAUGCAAGCUGAUAUAGAAAAGCAGGAAAAAGCAUUUGAGGUAUUGAAGGCUGAUCUGCAAAAAGAAGCAGGUGCCAUUGAAAAUCUAAGACAAGCUGUUCAAAAUGACAUGCAAAAUGUAAAAGACAUGAAAGCUCAAAUUCAAAAAGAAAGACGAUGCACUGAUAGUCUAGUUGAAGAGGUUGAAAAAAGGUCAAAAGCUCUGGAUGAGAUGCAAAUGGAGAUUGAAAAAGAGAAAGACGCACUGAGAACUGAGAGAGACGCACUAGAACAGGAAAAGUCUAGGCUCAGAGAUCUCAAAGACGAAUUUGCUCAGCAAAAAGAACAGAACAUUAUAAGACUGGCAGAGAUGCUGAAAGAAAGAGAAAAUCUUAAGAAGAUGAGUGAAACCACCUCAAAAGAAAGGUGCAUUGUGGAGAGUGAUAAAGAAUAUUUAAGGCUGAGAGAAAAUGAACUAAAGCAAAAAGAAGCAGAGAUUGAAUACAAACAAAAACAAAUGGAUGAGUUGAAGAGCAGUUUAAGGAUGGAAAAGGUGCAAACUGAGCAGAUACAAGCUGAACAAGAACAACAAUGGGAAGUUUCACAAGGAAAAAUGGAAUUUGUAAAGACUGCAAGAAAUAGAGAAAUGGCAGAUCUGGAUGAAGCGAGACAGGAAAUAGAGAAUUUGAGAGAAGAACUGAGGACAAAUUAUGAAAAUGUGGAGCUCCAAAAUAAAAAAAUAACUGAACAAAAGGAAUUAUUUGAAAGCCACAUGAAAUCUUUGGAAAUUGAUAAGGAAGACAUGGAAAAAGAUAAAGCAAAACUGCAAAACGAAUUUGAAAACUUUCAGUUUAAGAGGCAAUGCUUUGAGAAAGAGAUUCAGCAAGUGAGAGCUGAGCUUCAGAGAGAAGCUGAAAAUAUCGAGAGAAUGAAGAAAGAGGUGAUGGAUGAAAAACAGAGUAUAAAAGAUAAGGCAGACCAAAUUCAACAUGAGGGAAAUGACGGGAAAGAAGCUCUGGAGAGGAUGUGCCUUGAGCUAGAAAAACAAAAGCAAGCCACUGAGACCGAAAAAGAUAUGAUAGAAAAGCAGAAGUCAGAAGUGGAGAAGAGCAAAACAGAGAUAGCUAGAGAAAAAGAAGAUCUUGCUGAAAUGAGAAAAAAGAACAAUAUUGAUAUGUCAGAAAUGGAUAUGCAGAGAAAUUCUCUUGAGCAAAUGAAGAUGAACAUCUCACAAGAGGAACAUGAAAUUAAAAAACAGAAAGACAGUUUAAGCCACCAGGAAAACGAACUGAUUAUACGUAUGACAAAAUUGUAUGCACAACAGAAAGAAACAGAAGAGAUUCAGGAUUUUAUCAUCAAAGAGAAGAGUCAGCUCAAUGAAAGACAGGCUGAAAUGGAAAAGCAAAAGAGAGAAUUAGAUGAUGUGCUGGACACACUCAAGAAAGAGAGGACUGAUAUAAUGGAGGAAAGACUAAGAGUGAAUGACAUGCAUUUAGAACUGAAGAGGGAAAGUGAAACAGUGGAGCUGAUGAAACAAAAAGUUCUCAGAGAAAAAGAAUCUAUUGAAAACAGCAGGAAAAUACUGAACAGAGAUCUAGAGGAUAUGAAAGAAAAGAGAACCAUCUUAGCUGAGGAGUUUAAGACCUUAAACGAUCAUAAACAAACGAUUGGCAAAGAAAAGAAGGAAUUGCAUACGAUGAAAGCUGAGCUCCAACAAGAAACUGAAAAUAUUGCAAAACUAAGGCAGAACACUGAGGAAAUGGCAAUCAAACUUCAAAAAGAAAAGGAGGAUAUAGAGACUUCUGUUGCCAGGAUCAGAGAAGAGGAAGCAAGUCUAAGAAAAGAAAAACAAACAUUUAAAUCUGAUAGAGACACUACCGGAAAGGAAAUGUUUGACCUGGAGAAAACUAAGACAGAGAUAGACAGAGCCCAGGAAGAUCUUGAGAACCAAUUUGAAUCUCAGAAAAGACUAAAUAAGAUAGCAUUGGCUGAGAUACAGAAAGAGAAGGAUGUUCUUGAGCACUUGAGAAUGAACAUAUCAAAAGAUAGAGAUGAUCUAGAAAAGGAGAGGUAUGAUAUUAAGAGGGAAAGAGCAGAAAUAAUGAAUCAAAAACAGCAAGUGGAGGUAAAUUUGAGGGAAGAACUGAAAAAGGAAAGUGAAAAGUUGGAGCUGCUAAGAAAGGAGGUGUAUGAUGAAAAGGAAGGAAUUGACAACAGCAGAAAAACGAUAAAAACAGAAAUGGAUGAUUUGGAACAAACAAAGCUUGAUGUAGUUAAAGACUUGGAAAAUAACAAACUUCAGAAACAAAUGAUUGAGGAUGAGAAGGACAAAAUUGAGCAGAUGAAAGCUGAGCUAAAAAGAGAAGCUGAAAAUAUUGGAAGGAUAAAACUAGAGACAGAAAAUGAAAGACAAAAGCUUGAGGAAGCAACAAUCCAACUUAAGAAAGAUAGAGACAAUGUUGACAUCCUUGCUAAGGAACUUAACAAGCAAAAAGUGGGUCUAGAAAACAGGGAUCGGGAAAUAGAAAGGCAAAGGAAAGCAAUUGAGUCUAAUAAACAGAUGCAGGAAAUGGCUUUGUUUGAGCUGAAGAAAACUGUGACAGAUAUAGCAACUGCGAAGGAGGAUCUUGAAAACCAGCUUGCGGAAGAAAGAGAAAAGAACAAGAUCGCACUUGCAGAAAUACAGACAGAAAGAGACAUGCUUCUUCUACUGAGAGACAAUAUUUCAGUGCAACAGUAUGACAUUGUAAAUGAGAAGGAACAAAUUAGACUAAGAGGGAUUGAACUUGAACAAAUCCAAGCUCUGAUUUAUAGACAGCAAGAUGAAACGGAAGCUACAAGGAAAGCUCUCACAAUGGAAAAAGAUAGACUUGAAGAGAAGAAAAUUGAAAUAGAUCAAAGACAGAGAGAAGUAAACGAAAUCAUUGAUUUUGCAACAGAAGAAAAGGCUAAUCUUGAGAAAGAGAAGUCUGAAAUGAUAGCACAAAAACACCAAAUGGAGAUCGAACUUGAGUUCUUUAAGGUAGAACUGAAUAAUGGAAGAGAAUUAAUUGAGGAAAGGACCCAAAUGUUGAAAACAUACGAGGCUGACGUGGAUGAAAAAAAAGAAGCUUUAGAGAGAGAGAUAAAAGAGCUCAGAUAUCAAAAACAAGCUAUUCAAGAUGAGAAGAAGGAUGUACAACAGAUGAAGAUAGAGCUGCAAAUAGAAGCUGAUGACAUCAGAAAGAUAAAAGAAGAAACACAAAAUGAAAGACAGGGUUUGGAAAAAAUGGCCGAAGAACUUCAAAAAGAGAGAGAAGAUAUUGUUCAUCUUGCUGAAGAUACAAGGAGAAAGAAUGAGAUCAUGGAUGAAAUGAAAAUUGCAAAUGAGUCUACAUUGGAAAAUCUACAAAGAGAGAAAAACAAUCUUGAGCAAAUGAGAGAGAACAUCUCAAAACAAACAGAUGAUAUUGAAAAAGAAAAAGAGAAAAUAAGAUUCAAACAAGAUGAACUAGAGCGACUGCAAGCAGAGAUUCAUAAACAACAAAGUGAAAUGGAAAAGAGCGACAUUGGAGGUGAAAGAGCUGCACUGAUCAGGGAAAAACAGGACAUGAUGACUGAACUGAAAAAGAAGUCUGAAGAUAUUGAGAUCCAAAUGAAGGCAGUAUUGACUGAAAAGGAAUUACUGGAAAAUGACAGACAACUGCUGAAGAGAGACAUGGAAGAUCUGCAACAAAAAAUAAUGAAUGUAGAUAGAGAUUCAGAGAGUCUGAAACAUGAGAGAGAAGAUUUUGAGAACGAGAAAGAAUUGAUGAAACAGAUGAAAACUGACCUGCAACGAGAAGCACAUGAGAUUGAGAGAAUCAAACUAGAGGCACAACAUGAAAAACAAAUACUGGAGGAAAUGACUGUCCAACUCCAAAAAGAGAGAGACACCCUAGAUGAGAUGAACGAGGACAUCACAAGACAAAUGCUUGAAAUUAAACAUCAAAAGGAACAAAUCAGACAAAAACAACAUGAAUUCGAGCAGAUGCAAACUGAAAUUCAGAAUCUGAAACAGGAAAUAGACAAUGACAGACACAUUAUAAUGAAGGACAGAAGUCAGCUUGACCUGAGACAAUCUGAGCUUGACAAACAACAGACAGAAGUGAAUGAGUUUAUGGAAAUAAUGAGGAAUGAGAGACGACAACUAGAUAAAGAUAAAGAAGAGAUGGAAGAACAGAAACGGCAAAUGGACAAAGAAAGAGAUGAUGUAGACCGAAGCAGAAAGAAUUUGGAUGAAGACUUAAAGAUGAUGAUACUUCAUAAACAAGUGUAUGAAGAUGAGAAGAACAAGUUAGAACAGAUGAAGAUUGAGCUGCAAAGAGAAGCUGAUGACAUCAGAAAGCUAAAAGCAGAAACAGAAAAUGAUAGACAGGUUUUGGAAAAGAUGGCUGAAGUACUUCAAAAAGAGAGAGAAGAUAUUGUUCAUCUUGCUGAAGAUACAAGGAGAAAGAAUGAGAUCAUGGAUGAAAUGAAAGUUGCAAAUGAGUCUACACUGGCAGAUCUACAAAGAGAGAAAUACAGUCUUGAGCAAAUGAGAGUGAACAUCUCCAAACAAACAGAUGAUAUUGAAAAAGAAAAAGAGAAAAUAAGACUCGAACAAGAUGAACUAGAGCGACUGCAAGAAGAGAUUUAUAAACAACAAAGUGAAAUGGAAAAGGAAAAGAGCGACAUUGGAGGUGAAAGAGCUGCACUGAUCAGGGAAAAACAGGACAUGAUGACUGAACUGAAAAAGAAGUCUGAAGAUAUUGAGAUCCAAAUGAAGGCAGUAUUGACUGAAAAAGAAUUACUGGACAAUGACAGACAACUGCUGAAGAGAGACAUGGAAGAUCUGCAACAAAAAAUAAUGAAUGUAGAUAGAGAUUCAAAGAGUCUGAAACUUGAGAGAGAAGAUUUUGAGAAUGAGAAAGAAUCGAUGAAACAGAUGAAAACUGACCUGCAAAGACAAGCACAUGAGAUUGAGGGAAUCAAACUAGAAACACAACAUGAAAGACAAAGGCUGGAGGAAAUGACCGUUCAACUCCAGAAAGAGAGAGAACAAAUCAACAAUCUCAUUGAGGAGACAAAAAUAAAAGACAUGGUCUUGGAUGGAAUUAAGACCGAUACUGAAGAGAAAACUAAAGCCAUUCAAUCUGAUAGAGACAUGCUUGAGAAGGAAAAACAUGAUCUGGAGAAAACAAUAAGUAAACAUUCAAGAGCCAAGGUAGAUCUUGAAAAACAAAGAGAAAAGCAAAGAAUCAAACUGGCAGAAAUACAGAAAGAGAGAGAAACCCUAGAUGAGAUGAAUGAGAACAUCACAAGACAAAUGCUUGACAUUAAACAUCAAAAGGAACAAAUCAGACAAAAACAACAUGAAUUCGAGCAGAUGCAAACUGAAAUUCAGAAUCUGAAACAGGAAAUAGACAAUGACAGACACAUUAUAAUGAAGGACAGAAGUCAGCUUGACCUGAGACAAUCUGAGCUUAACAAACAACAGACAGAAAUGAAUGAGUUUAUGGAAAUAAUGAGGAAUGAGAGAAGACAAAUAGAUAAAGAUAAAGAAGAGAUGGAAGAACAGAAACGGCAAAUGGACAAAGGAAGAGAUGAUGUAGACCAAAGAAGAAAGAAUUUGGAUGAAGACUUGAAGAUGAUGAUACUUCAGAAACAAGUGUAUGAAGAUGAGAAGAACAAGUUAGAACAGAUGAAGAUUGAGCUGCAAAGAGAAGCUGAUGACAUCAGAAAGCUAAAAGAAGAAACAGAAAAUGAUAGACAGGCUUUGGAAAAGAUGGCUGAAGUGCUUCAGAAAGAGAGAGAAGAUAUUGUUCAUCUUGCUGAAGAUACAAGGAGAAAGAAUGAGAUCAUGGAUGAAAUGAAAGUUGCAAAUGAGUCUACAUUGGCAAAUCUACAAAGAGACAAAAACAAUCUUGAGCAAAUGAGAGUGAACAUCUCCAAACAAACAGAUGAUAUUGAAAAAGAAAAAGAGAAAAUAAGACUCAAACAAGAUGAACUAGAGCGACAGCAAGAAGAGUUUCAUGAACAACAAAGUGAAAUAGAAAAGGAAAAGAGCGACAUUGGAGGUGAAAGAGCUGCAAUGAUCAGGGAAAAACAGGACAUGAUGACUGAACUGAAAAAGAAGUCUGAAGAUAUUGAGAUCCAAAUGAAGGCAGUAUUGACUGAAAAGGAACUAUUGGAUAAUGACAGACAACUGCUAAAGAGAGACAUGGAAGAUCUGCAACAAAAAAUAAUGAAUGUAGAUAAAGAUUCAGAGAGUCUGAAACUUGAGAGAGAAUAUUUUGAGAAUGAAAAAGAAUCAAUGAAAGAGAUGAAAACUGACCUGCAACGAGAAGCACAUGAGAUUGAGAAGAUCAAACUAGAGACACAAGAUGGAAGACAAAGGCUGGAGGAAAUGAAUGUCCAACUCCAGAAAGAGAGAGACACCCUAGAUGAGAUGAAUGAGGACAUCACAAGACAAACACAUGAUAUUAAACAUCAAAAGGAACAAAUCAGACAAAAACAACAUGAAUUCGAGCAGAUGCAAACUGAAAUUCAGAAUCUGAAACAGGAAAUAGACAAUGACAGACACAUUAUAAUGAAGGACAGAAGUCAGCUUGACCUGAGACAAUCUGAGCUUGACAACCAACAGACACAAUUGAAUGAGUUUAUGGAAAUAAUGAAGAAUGAGAGAAGACAACUAGCUAAAGAUAAAGAAGAGAUGGAAGAACAGAAAUGGCAAAUGGAAAAAGAAAGAUAUGAUGUAGACCAAAGCAGAAAGAAUUUGGAUGAAGACUUAAAGAUGAUGAUACUUCAGAAACAAGUGGAUGAAGAUGAGAAGAACAAGUUAGAACAGAUGAAGAUUGAGCUGCAAAGAGAAGCUGAUGACAUCAGAAAGCUAAAAGCAGAAACAGAAAAUGAUAGACAGGGUUUGGAAAAGAUGGCUGAAGUACUUCAAAAAGAGAGAGAAGAUAUUGUUCAUCUUGCUGAAGAUACAAGGAGAAAGAAUGAGAUCACAGAUGAAAUGAAAGUUGCAAAUGAGUCUACACUGGCAGAUCUACAGAGAGAGAAAUACAGUCUUGAGCAAAUGAGAGUGAACAUCACCAAACAAACAGAUGAUAUUGAAAAAGAAAAAGAGAAAAUAAGACUCAAACAAAAUGACCUAGAGCGACUGCAAGAAGAGAUUUAUAAACAACAAAGUGAAAUAGAAAAGGAAAAGAGUAACAUUGACGGUGAAAGAGCUGCAAUGAUCAGGGAAAAACAGGACAUGAUGACAGAACUGAAAAAGAAGUCUGAAGAUAUUGAGAUCCAAAUGAAGGCAGUAUUGGCUGAAAAGGAAUUACUGGAAAAUGACAGACAACUGCUGAAGAGAGACAUGGUAGAUCUGCAACAAAAAUGUAUGAAUGUUGAUAAAAAGCAAGCAAAUGAAUUUGAAUUGGAGAAGUCUGAUUUAGAGAAAAUCAAAACAGAAAUUGCUAAAGCCAACAAACAUCUUGCAGAACAACAGGAAAAAAAUGAGAUUACAAUAGCAGAGAUGCAGAGAGAGAGGGAUACUCUUGAAGAAAUGAGGGUGAACAUCUCAAAACAAGUAAAGACCAUUGAAAAAGAGAAUGAAAGUCUUUCUCACAGAGAAAGUGAAUUUGCGCAGCUGCAGGAAGUCAUAUUAAAACAACAGCAUGAAAUGGAUGAAAUGAAGAACAUCAUCAUGAUGGAAAUGAGUCAGCUGGACCAGAGACAAACUGACAUUGAUCAAUUACAGCGAGAGGUUGAUGAUCUAAUGGAAUUCACAAAGACAGAAAUGACCAACCUAGAAAGAGAAAGAGUGGAAAUGAUGGCACAGAAGAGAAAUAUAGAGAGGGAUAUGGUCAGUCUAAAGAUAGAGAAAGAUACAUAUGAACAACUGAGACUCAAGUUACUUGAGGAAAAAGAUCUGGUUGAAAAAGACAGAGAGCUGUUGACCAAAGAUUUGGAUCAAAUGGAGAGACAGAAAAUGGAUAUGGAGAGAGAAUUAAAGAAUCUCAAAUUUGAGAAACAAACCAUUGAAUCUAAGAAAGAAGAACUAGAGACGAUGAAAAUUGACCUUCAAAGUCAAGCUGAAGACUUGGAGAAAUUAUCUGAGAAGACAAACAAUGAAAGACAGAGGGAGAAGGAUAUGGCAGUCAAAUAUAAAAUACAAUCAGAUACCAGUGCUCUCCCUACAGACAACCAACUAAUGAAAGAGCUCUUGGAUGAGACAGAUAAGCAAAGAAAAGAAAUUCAGUCUGCCAAAGACUUGCUUCAAGAAGAAAGAUUUGAACUGGAGAAAACCAAGACAGAGAUAAGACAAGCCAGGGAAGAACUAGAUAGACAAAAAACAGACUUAAAGAGAGAGAAAGACAUUCUUAAGCAGGUGAAUACAGAUAACUUGAGACAAAUAUCCCAUUUUGAAGAUGAGAUGGAAAGAAUACAACACAAAGAGAAUGAACUAGAUCAAAUGAGAGCAGAACUGCAAAAUAAACAAAAAGAAAUGGAUGACAUGAAAAACAAAAUGAAAAAAGAAAAGGCUGAUAUGGAGAAUCUGAAACAAAAGAGAACUGAGUUGGAUAGAGACCUCCAAAUUCAGAGAAAAGCUUUUGAAAAUGAGCAAGAUGAGCUGCAAAAGAAGAGAGAGGAUAUUGAGAAGUUAAAGUUAGAAGUUCAGAAAGAAGAACAGAGGGCUGCAGAAGAAUUAGAAAACGAGAGGCAACAAUUUGCAGAGGAGACCAAAAUGAAAACUGACACCCUGGAUGAAAUGCAAGCUGACAUAGAAAGACAGAAACAAUCUGCUGCUGUAGAGAAAGAGAUGAUUACAAAGGAAAGGAUGGAUCUGAAGAAAACCCAGGAAGAUUUCAAAAGACAAUCCGAGGAGAGUGAGAUCACACGGGCAGACCUGCAGAAACAGAGAGAUAGUCUUGAUCUAAUGAGCAUGGAGAUCUUAAAACAAAAACAUGACCUAGAGAGAGAAAGAGAUGAACUGUUAGAGCAGCAGUGCCUGGUGGAGACACAAAAGAAGGACAUCAAAAAUGUGGAACAACUGAGCCAAGAGCUUUUGGAUGAGAAGGCAUUGACUGAGAAAAGCAGAAAGCAGCUGAUUCAAGACAUAGAUGAUAUGCAACAAAAUAAAUCAAAUCUACAUAAAGAAUUAGAGGAGAUAAAAUUCCAAAAACAAGAUAUUCAAGAUGAAAGAGCUCAACUAGAGCAAAUGAAAGCUGAGUUCCAAAUGAAGUCGGAGGAUAUCGAAAAUUCAAUGCAAGAGAUACUGAGUGAAAGAGAAAAAUAUGUACAGAAAAAGUCUGAAGAGAGCAGGUUAAGAACAGACCUUGAUAAAGCAAAUACUGAGAUACAGAGACAAAAGGAAGAGUUGGAAAGUUAUGCUGAUAAUCUAGAAAAAUGUAGACUUAAACUAGAUGAAGCAAGGGCUGAAAUAGAGAGUAUUAAAGAGGAUGUUGAAAGACAGGCAACAAAACGGAUUGAGGAACGUUUGCAAAAAGAAAGAGACAAUAUUGAGGAUAUAAGAAGGAACCUGCUUAAAAAGGAAGAGGUCAUUGAACAGGACAAGACAAAAAUAAGACUGAGAUAUCAAGAAAUAGAGCUCAUCCAAGCUGAAUUAGUGAAACAGAAAGAAGAGAUGAUUGAAAAGAUUGGUAAAUCAGAACAAGAAAUACAAGAACAGCGAAAUAAACUACAGAUGACAGAAGAGGAAUGGAGUGUACGAAUGGGAAAGUUGCAAGACGAGAUAAACAAAAACAAUGUCAUUAAAUCGGAGUUAGCAAAAGAAAGAGAAGCAAUUGAUGAAAUGUUAAGAGAGCUUAAGAGAGAAAUGGAGAAAUAUGAGAAGAUCAAAUCAAAUAUUUUAAUCCAAAAAGAAGAGAUUGAGACUAAAAGGCAGUCAGAUUUAGAGGAACUCAUUAGUAUGAGAGCUGAAAUGCUCAAACAGAAAGAGGAAUUAGAGGACAAGAUGCAAAAGACUAAACAUGAGAUGGAAGAACUGAAGCUUUUUCAGAAUGAAACUGAUGGCAAGAGGAAAGAUCUUGAUCACAAGAUGAGACAGGUAGCAAGAAAAAGAGAUGAGUUGGAGAAAAUGAGGACUGAUAUUGAAGGUGCAAAUGAGAAACUCGAAAUGAACAGGGUCAUUUUAAGUAUAGAGCGGGAUGAGAUGGAGCAAAUGAAAGCUGAGAAACAAAGAGCAGAAGAGGAACUACGAUCUCAUAUGGAAGAAAGAGGUGGAGAUAUGGAAGAGAAAGAACAUAUGAACACCAAGAUUCAGAUGCUUAUUCAAGAAGCUGAAAAUACUAGGGAAAUGGCUUGGAGAACAAAACAUGAUCUGGAAAGAAGCAUGCAGAGAGAAGUUAAUGUUGAAGCAGAUUCAGAGGAUAGAAAAGAAAUGAGUGCUUACAUGCAAAGGCUGAUCCAGGAAAUUGAGCAUGUUAGAGAGGUUCUCAGAAGAAUGAAAGAUGAAAUCAAGGCUGCUAGAAAAGAAAGAUUUGAACUGGAGAACUUGAGGCUGGAAAUUGAAGCCAUGAAAAAGAACAUGAAAGAAACUUGUGAGCAGCAGAACAUUGAGAUACAAAAAGAGAAACAGCAAAUAAAGAGUAGCAAAGACUGCAUGAGCAAAGAGAGAAGUGAUCUUGAGCAAAUCAGAGCUGAUUUGGAAAGACAAAAACAAGACAUGGCAUUGGCCAAGCAAAAACUUCAAGAUGAAAAUGAACUGCUGGAGAAAGAAAAGGUUGACAUGAAGAAAAAAUCUGAGAUGCUUGAAAGAAUUUUAGAGGAGACAACUAGAGAAAGAACAGUUAAAAUUACCAGUAAAAAGAAAGGAAUGAGGAGAGAUUCAGAGGAAUUAAGAGAGAAAAUGGAAACAUUAAGUAUGGAUGACCAACAAGAAGAGAGUGAGAGUCAGACGGGCGAAGUUAAAAGACAAAUAGACAAACUGACAGAGUUGAAGGCUGAGCUUCAUCAACAGCAGGCAGAACUUGAGAAAACUAAAGUAGACUUAAAAUAUAAGAUGGACGAGCUAGAAAACAUGAGGUCUGAGAUAUUAAAACUUGAAAAGGACACUGAGAGUAAAACAAAAGAGGCGGAGCUGAUGGAUAUGCAGCAACAGAGAGAAAACCUAGAAAAAAAGAUUCAGAAAAUGACACAUGAAAAGGGAGAACUGGAAGUCCUAAGGUCUGAGAUAGUCCUGGAAAAGAAAGAUCUGGAUCAGAAGAUGAGACAAGUGAUCAGAAAGAGGGAUGAUAUAGAGAAAAUGAAGACUGAGAUAGCAAAGGCCAGAGAGGAGAUCAACAGAGAAAGGCAAGAGCUGGAAAUUCUCAGGAAUGAUGUUCAAAGCGCAAGAGAGGAUUUUGAACGAUUGGUGGAGAGAACUGCACAUCUAGAAGAUGAAGAAAAUGCCAAUGCUGACAUCCAAAGAUUGAUUUUAGAGGUCGUGAAAAUCAGGGAAAUGGUGAGAAAUCUGAAAGUUUACAUGGACAGCAGGAUGGAUGAAAGUAAUGCAGAGAAAGAUGAUAAGGAAAACUUUAAGUCUGAGAUCCAGAGGGUCAUUCAAGAUAUUGGACAAAUACGGGAAAAUCUAGGAAGCCUUAGAGCAGAGAUAGAAACCACUAGAAGAGACAAGAAUGAACUGGAGAAAAUGAGGACACAACUUGUAGAGAAGCAACAAGAGGAAGAAAGCAUGAUAAAAAUGCUGCAGAAAGAAAGAGAAGAACUGGAGCAGUUGAAGGAUGAGAUAAAAAGAGAAAAGGAGGAUGUGAAGACCAAGAGAGAGCUGGUUGAGGUAGAAAAGGCUAUGGACACAAGGGAGAAAAAGCAAGAACUUGAAAGGGUCAAUGAGGAACUCUUGAGAAACCAGAGUCAUCUGGAACAUCUCAACAGAGAUAUACAAAAUCUGAGGCAAACCAUGGAAGAAAUGAAAACACUGCAUGAAAAGAAAAAGUCUGAACUAGAAGGCAUUACUUCUGAGAUAAGGAGGAGACAGCAGAUACUGGAGAAACAAAAAAAUGAGUUGGAGGAGAAGGGUUGGAUCCUUGAAGAGAUAGAGAAGAAGAAAGACACACUUGAAAAGAUCAAUAUGGAAAUACUGAGAAAGAGAGAAGAUAUAGAAAAAGAAAAGGACAAUUUAAGGCAAGAGAAGCAAGAGUUUGAGCUCUUCAGAGGGGAACUACAAAGACAGAGAGAUGAUUAUGUAUCUUCAAGACAAGCUUUGAUCAUGGAGAAAGAUCGGUUAGAAGACGAAAAAGCUGAAAUCAAUCAACAAAAGCAUGAAAUGAGUGGUGCCAUGAAGGCCAAUAAGAUAGAACUGGAAAAUCUAGAAAAAAUGAGGAAUGAACUAGAAAAUCAGAGGGCUAAGUUAGUUGAAAAACUCCAUGAUGCCACAAAAAUGGAAGAUAAACUACAAGAGAUGAUGAGUGAAUUAAACAAAGAAAAAGAGCAAGUGGAAGAAAUGAAGCGGAUGGUCAACAAAGAGAGAGAUUUGAUUGAACAAGAGAAAGAAGAUGUGAGAAAACAGACUCAUCAGCUUAAAGAUGGCCGUGCUGAGCUUCAGAAGAAGUCAGGGAUCUCUGACAGGCUGAUUCAGGAAGCAAACCGUGAGAGAGAUAGAUUAACAGACCUCAGUCUAAAACUUAAAUUGCAAAAAGAAGAUAUAGAAAAAACCAUCACAGAAAUGGAGACCACAAAGAAAGAUCUCAAUAUAAUGAGUGCAGAAGUUCAAGAUGACAAGACACAACUGAAAAAUGACAGGGAUGAUUAUGAAAUGGAAAAGACGCAUUUGCAGCUUAAGAUCGAAGAGUUAGUGAGAGAAACAGAGGACCUGGAAAGAAAAACCUUACAGCAGAGAGAACAAGAUGAUAUAGCAAAACAAGAGAUUCAAAGUCAGAGAGAGGCUCUAGAGCAAAUUAAGAUGGACGUUCUAAAGGAAAGGGAUGAGAUUGACAAAGAGAAGGAAAGUGUACAUUCAGAAAGACAGAAACUGGUUACACUUCAAAGAGAAUUGCAAAGAAAGGAAAGUGAGCUUGAAAACAAAGAGCAAACUUUCAUGAAAGAGGAAAUCUUGGAGAUUAAAAGCAAUCUGGAAAAGAAGGAGGCAGAAAUUGAAGCGGAGAGACUGCAGUUAAUGGAAAUGGGUGAAACAAUGAAGAGAGAACACAAUGAAUACAGAAAGAUGAUUGAAGAAGUACAUAAAGAAAAAGAGCAGAUUGAAAUUAGCAAAAAGUGGAUGGAUCAAGAGAAGAUAGAUCUUGAAAACACGAAAAAUGAUCUGGCGAAGCAAUUACAAAAUUUAAAACAUGAAAAAUUAAACGUACAAGCUGAGAAGAAUGCACUAGAACAGAUAAGGACAGAAUCCGAGGAGAUCCAAAAUGUUAUCAAAAAGGAGAGAGAGGACCAGGAAAAAUGUUGGAUGGAGAUUGAGGGGGAAAAGCAACGAGUGGAGGAAGAAAUCCGACAAUUAAAGAGACAGAGGGAAGAAACUAAUAAACUCCACAGUGAGUUACAAAACAAUAGAGAGGACAUUGAAAGUAGCAAAGAAAAGAUUGAUAAAGAAAUGGAAGAAUUAUCGCAAACGAGGGUUGAGCUGGACAGGAAAAAAGAAGAAAUAGACAAGGAUAAUCAAAAUCUUCAAGAUGCUAAAUCUGACCUUGAAAAAACUAAAGCUGAGAUACAGAGACAGACAGACAAAAUGAAAGACAUAAUAGAAAUGAAAAUACAAAUAGAUAAAGACAGAGAAGAAAUUAAAUGUUUGUCUGAAGAGACUGAAAUGAAAAUGAGGGACCUUGAUAUGAUGAUGAAGGAGAUGGAGAGACAAAGGCAAGAAAUUGAGAAAACAAAAGCCAUUCUUGAAAAGGAUAAGACAAAAAUUGACAAAGAAAAGAAAGACCUGGAAAACCAAAUGAUGGACCAGAUUGAGGAGAUUCAAAAGGAGAGGCUGGCCCUUGAGGAGAUAAAGGAUGAACUUAUUCGUGAAAAACAAGAAACAGAGGAAGAAAAGAAUAACUUAAUGACUCUAAGAAACAAACUAGAAGAUUUAAGAGCAGAGAUAAAGAACCAGCAGAAUGAAAAUGAGAUUGUGAAGAAAAAGCUUCUUUUGGAAAAAUCAAACACUGAGGAACGACAGGCCGAGGUACUCAACCAGCAGCGACAGAAUGAUCAAACCAAGGAGGAAAACAAGAAAGAGAGAGAAAAUCUAGACCAACAGAGGUUUGAACUUGAACAGCAGAAACAGACGUUGGGGCUUAGAAACAUAAAAAUGAUGGAGGAAACACAAGAAAUGGAAAACAAAAAAUACAUGACUAACAAAGAAAGAGACAUGGUUGAACAAAUGCAAGCUGAGAUACAGACUCAGAUUCAGUCAACUGAACUACAAAGGCAAAUCAUCCAAGACAAGCAAAAAACUCUUGAGGAAAAAGAGCUAAUAAUACAGAGGAAGGGAGAGGAAGUAGAGAGGAGAAACAUGGAAUUAGACGGAAUUGCUGGUCAGCUUCAGAUUGAAAAAGAACAUUUAGAUAAUGUUCUUGAGGAAACCAAUAAGAGACAACAUGCCCUUGACUUGAUGCAGGUUGAUAUAGAAUUGCAUAAACAGAAAAAUAAUAAGGACUUUGAGUUGCUUGAGAAGAUCCGACAUGAAAUAGACAAAGAAAAGUUAGAAAUGAAGCAGAAAAAAUAUGAUCUGCAGAUCUGGACUGAACAACAGAAAGAAGAGGUUGAAUCCCAGUUAGAAGAGCUAGAGAAAGAGAGAGAAAGACUGAAACAGAUUAAGAGAGAGCUUCACGCUGAGAGAGAACAAACUGAGAAAUGGAAAGCUGAUAUAAGUAGGGUAAAUGAUGAAACAGAGACCAUGAGACAAACAGUGAUCAUGGAGAAGAAUGAACUGGAGCAGAGAGAGACAUAUAUUACUGAGCAGCAGCAAAGACUGGAUCAAAGUGUAAGAGAGAUGAAGGAAGAAAGACAUGAAAUGGAUAAGAUAAGGAUUGAACUAGAAGCUCAGAGACAACAAAUAGAAGAGGACACGAGAAUAAAUGCAAAACAGGAAAGAGAACUUGCACAACUGAGAGAUGAAAUACAAAGCGAAAAACAAGACAUUGGUGAAAACAGGACCAUGACUAACAAAUUAAUGAAAGAUCUGGAAAUCAUGAAAGCCAAGCUGGUGGAACAACAAGAAGAGAUCCAAACUGAAGCAGAACAACUGCAAGAGGAGAGAAGACUGGUUUACAAGACAAAAUCUGAGGUGCAGAAUGAUGCUGAAAAUCUGACGAACAUCUUAGAAGAGAUCAGAAGGGAGCGAGAAAAACUGGACAUAAAGGAGGCCCACCUUAAACUAAUGAAGGAGCAGUGUGACAAUACCAUGGAAGAAACUAAGAGGAAGAAGAGUGAACUGGAAAAGACUGUUGAUGACAUAGCAGAGCAAAAUCAAAAGAUUGAGAUCAAGAAAGAUUAUCUGGAAAAAGAGACAUUGAAACAGAAAAAAGACAUUGAAACAGAAAGAGAAGAUUUACAAAGACAAGCAGAUGAACUGAAACUGCAAAUGACAAAAAACAGAGAAAAGGAAGACAUGAAUAAAAGAUCAAUGGAUGAUUUCCUGAGACAGAGAGAUGAAUUAGAGAAAGAAAAAGAGGGCAUGAUGAAGAAGUGGAAAGAACUGGAGGUUCUUCAGAAGGGAAUACAAAAACAAAAAGAUGAAAUGGAAUCAAUAAAAAACGAGUUACAGACUGAAAAUACUAAAAUGAAUCAACAGCAGCACAGACUAGAGGAGAGUUUAAGGGCCAUGAAUGAGGAGAGGAAAGAUCUGGAGAACACAAGGAAUGAUUUUGAAACACAAAUGGAAGAGAUGAGAGUAAAAGCAAAGAUGGAGAGAGAAGAACUUGAUCAGAUAAAGGCUAAACUGGAAAGAAAGAAAACAGAAAUAGAUAAUGAACAGAAAAAAAUGGAUGAUGACAGGAAGAUGAUUGAACAGGAAAGGAAUGAUCUGGAGAAGAUAAGGUCUGAAAUAAUGGCACAAAGAGAACAAAUGGAAGAAGAGAGAUCAAAAAUUGAUCUAGAAAAACAUGACAUUGAGAAGAGCAAAGAAAUUGUACGGACAUUUAUGGAUGAGGGGGAAGAACAGAGAAAAUAUAAUAAGCUCCAGAAAGAAGAACUUGGCCUUAAAAGACAAAAGAUCACUGAUGAAAAAGAUCUUCUGGCUCAAAGAAAGACUGAACUGCAAAAUGAAAGUGAAAAAAUCAGAUACAUGAAUGAGGAAAUAAACAAGAAGAGAGAAACACUGAAGGAAAUAGAAGCUAAACUACAAAAGGACAAAGAAUUAAUUGAAAGUGUCAUUGAAGAAACAAAGAGACAAAAAGAGGAUCAGGAAAAAACAAGAACAAACAUAAAUAAACAAGAAGAAGAGCUGAGGAAAAACAGAGACCUUCUAGAACAGGAAAGAGAAGAAAUGAAUAAUAAAUGGACACAAUUACAGCAGAGAAUUGAUGAAUUUGAUGCUCAAGUCAGAAAACAGAAGGAAGAGGAUAUAACAGAACAGACGAAGCUGGAAGAAGAAAGAAAAAGUCUAGAAAAAUCCAAAGCUGAGAUCCUAGAGGUGAAAACUAAAGCUGAGCAGCAACAUCAUGAUAUAAACCUAAAAACACAAGAGUUAAACACACUGCAAGGACAGAUUAUGAAAGAAAAAGAGAAAGAAGAAGAAAUGACAGUAAGAGCAAAGAUGGAGAGAGAAGAACUUGAUCAGAUAAAGAGUGAACUGGAGAGAGAGAAAACUGAAAUAGAUCAUGAGCAGAAGAAAAUGGAUGAUGACAGGAAGAUGAUUGAACAGGAAAGAAAUGACCUGGAGAAGAUGAGGACUCAAAUAAUGACACAAAGACAGCAAAUGGAAGAAGACAUGAGAGAGGCAAUCCAACUAGAGAGAUCAGCACUUGACCAGAAAAUACAAGAGAUUGAUCUAGAAAAGAAAACAAUUGAAAAGAACAAAGAAAUAAUUAAAAAAUUAAUGGAUGAGGUGGAGGAACAGAGACAUGAUAUUACAAUCCAGAAAGAAGAGCUUGACCUUGAGAAACAAAAGAUCACAGAUGAAAAAGAUAUUCUGGCUGAAAGAAAGAAUAAACUGCAAAAUGAAGUUGAACGAAUCAGAUAUAUGGAGGAGGAAAUAAAGAAGGAAAGAGAAAAACUGAAGGAAAUGGAAGCUCAUCUACAAAUGGACAAAGAAUUAAUUGAAAGUGUCAUUGAAGAAACAAAGAGACAAAAAGAGGAUCAGGAAAAAACAAGAACAAACACAAAUAAACAAGAAGAAGAGCUGAGGAAAAACAGAGAACUUCUAGAACAGGAAAGAGAAGAAAUUAAUAAUAAAUGGACACAAUUACAGCAGAGAAUUGAUGAAUUUGAUGCUCAGGUCAGAAAACAGAAGGAAGAGGAUAUAACAGAACAGAAGAAGCUGGAAGAAGAAAGAAAAAGUCUUGAAAAAUCCAAAGCUGAGAUCCUAGAGGUGAAGACUAAAGCUGAGCAGGAACAUCAUGAUAUAAACCUAAAAACGCAAGAGUUAAACAUAUUGAAAGAACAGAUUUUGAAAGAAAAAGAAGAAGAAAUGACAGUAAGAGCAAAGAUGGAGAGAGAAGAACUUGAUCAGAUAAAGAGUGAACUGGACAGAGAGAAAACUGAAGUAGAUCAUGAGCAGAAGAAAAUGGAUGAUGACAGGAAGAUGAUUGAACACGAAAGAAAUGACCUGGAGAAGAUGAGGACUCAAAUAAUGACACAAAGACAGCAAAUGGAAGAAGACAUGAGAGAGGCAAUCCAACUAGAGAGAUCAGCACUUGACCAGAAAAUACAAAAGAUUGAUCUAGAAAAGGACACAAUUGAAAAGAACAAAGAAAUAAUUCAAAAAUUAAUGGAUGAGGUGGAGGAACAGAGACAUGAUAUUACAAUCCAGAAAGAAGAGCUUGACCUUGAGAAACAAAAGAUCACUGAUGAAAAAGAUCUUCUGGCUGAAAGAAAGACUGAACUGCAAAAUGAAAGUGUACAAAUCAGAUACAUGAAUGAGGAAAUAAACAAGAAGAGAGAAACACUGAAGGAAAUUGAAGCUAAACUACAAAAGGACAAAGAAUUAAGUGAGCGUGAAGAAACAAAGAGACAAAAAGAGGAUCUGGAAAAGAUGAGCACGGACAUAAAUGAACAAAAACAAGAGUUGAAGAACUGCAGAGACCUUCUAGAACAAGAAAGAGGAGACAUUAAGAAUAAAUGGACACAAUUACAGCAGAGAAUUGAUGAAUUUGAGGAUCAAGUCAGAAAACAGAAGGAAGAGGAUAUAACAGAACAGAAGAAGCUGGAAGAAGAAAGAAAAAGUCUAGAAAAAUCCAAAGCUGAGAUCCUAGAGGUGAAAACUAAAGCUGAGCAGCAACAUCAUGAUAUAAACCUAAAAACACAAGAGUUAAACACACUGCAAGGACAGAUUAUGAAAGAAAAAGAGAAAGAAGAAGAAAUGACAGUAAGAGCAAAGAUGGAGAGAGAAGAACUUGAUCAGAUAAAGAGUGAACUGGAGAGAGAGAAAACUGAAAUAGAUCAUGAGCAGAAGAAAAUGGAUGAUGACAGGAAGAUGAUUGAACAGGAAAGAAAUGACCUGGAGAAGAUGAGGACUCAAAUAAUGACACAAAGACAGCAAAUGGAAGAAGACAUGAGAGAGGCAAUCCAACUAGAGAGAUCAGCACUUGACCAGAAAAUACAAGAGAUUGAUCUAGAAAAGAAAACAAUUGAAAAGAACAAAGAAAUAAUUAAAAAAUUAAUGGAUGAGGUGGAGGAACAGAGACAUGAUAUUACAAUCCAGAAAGAAGAGCUUGACCUUGAGAAACAAAAGAUCACAGAUGAAAAAGAUAUUCUGGCUGAAAGAAAGAAUAAACUGCAAAAUGAAGUUGAACGAAUCAGAUAUAUGGAGGAGGAAAUAAAGAAGGAAAGAGAAAAACUGAAGGAAAUGGAAGCUCAUCUACAAAUGGACAAAGAAUUAAUUGAAAGUGUCAGAAAACAGAAGGAAGAGGAUAUAACAGAACAGAAGAAGCUGGAAGAAGAAAGAAAAAGUCUUGAAAAAUCCAAAGCUGAGAUCCUAGAGGUGAAGACUAAAGCUGAGCAGGAACAUCAUGAUAUAAACCUAAAAACGCAAGAGUUAAACAUAUUGAAAGAACAGAUUUUGAAAGAAAAAGAAGAAGAAAUGACAGUAAGAGCAAAGAUGGAGAGAGAAGAACUUGAUCAGAUAAAGAGUGAACUGGACAGAGAGAAAACUGAAGUAGAUCAUGAGCAGAAGAAAAUGGAUGAUGACAGGAAGAUGAUUGAACAGGAAAGAAAUGACCUGGAGAAGAUGAGGACUCAAAUAAUGACACAAAGACAGCAAAUGGAAGAAGACAUGAGAGAGGCAAUCCAACUAGAGAGAUCAGCACUUGACCAGAAAAUACAAAAGAUUGAUCUAGAAAAGGACACAAUUGAAAAGAACAAAGAAAUAAUUCAAAAAUUAAUGGAUGAGAAAGACUGA